AUGGAAGAAUUACUUUCUAAUUUAUCAAAUUUAGAUUUAAACAAAUCAAAACAAUUAGGUGAUUUUCUAAGAGAUGAAGAAAACAGAUCAUCUAAAUUACUUCAAAAUAACUUACAUAAUUUAUUAAUUCAAUUUAAUCUUUUAUUGACAACUGAUAAAGAAACAAUAAAUGAGACUUUGCGAGUUUUGAUUAAUUUAUUAGCAUUUAAUGAAUAUAAUAGAUCUUUUAUAACUGAUUUAAAUUCACUAGAUGUUUUACAAUUUUGGAAUAUUAUAAAAGCGAUACUUCCCAAUUAUUCAGAAAGAAUUUUUAUUCUACUUAAUCAAUUUAUCUAUAAUACUGAACUAAAAUUGGAAUACUUAUCUAAAUUAAAUCAUAUACGAAUUCAAGAUGCCAUUUAUAAAUGUGUUAAUAUUGAUAAUAUAGAUGAUAUUGGUGAGUUUUUAACUGAAUUAUUGUCGCAUAAUGAGUUACAAAAUUUAGAUUAUAAAUUUUUAAAAAAUUGCGUUGAUUUAAUUACUAAUAAUGAAGAAAGUUCAAUUGUGGAAUUAAUUCAAUUAAACAAACCUGAUGAUGAUUUAUUUGAAAAAAUAUUAUUAAAAAUACAAACUGUUGAAAUUCCAAUAAUCAAGAGGAAAUUAUUCUCUACUGCUCCAUUAUUAGCAAAUACAGAAGCACCACCAAUCAAAUAUUUAUCAAGUUUCGAUCCUUAUAUUUUUAGUUGUUGUUGUAUUACAGUUGGGAAUUUCAUAAUUGAUAAUUUUACAAAAUGUACAAUUAUAAAACAAUUAAAUAUAGACAAAUUUAUGAAUCACUAUUGGAAUUUGAAAAUUACCGAUAUUGUACAAAUUCAAUCUAUUCACAUAUGGAAAAAAUUAAUGAUUGAAGGUUAUGAAAACCAAUUAAUUAAAGAAAUGGCUCAACUUAUAUCUUCAAAAUAUGCCUCCCAAUUAAUCAAUUUAACAAAGUUGAUAAAUGAUAAUAAACCAUAUUAUCAAGAAAUCUAUAAUCUAUAUCUCAAAUUUUUAAGAAAGUUGUUUGAAUUUUCAGAGCCUCCAAUUGGCAUAUUUGAAAUUAUAAAUGAUUCAGAAAUUACAUAUAUUUGUCUUAAACAACGUAAAUACAUUCAUGAUCAUGAAUUAUUUACUCAUUUCAUAACUGAAUCUGUAAAAGAAGUCGAUACGGUUAAUUUUAAUAAACAAGUAGUUGCUUUAAGUAUGUUUACGUGUCAUAUAAACAACAUUGAUGAUGAACUUAUAAACAAUUUCAUUAUCCCGUUAAAUUCAUUAUUACUUGAAUUUGUAAAACAAAGAGAUAUGGUUAAAGACGAAGAUAAAACCAAUCCAGAAGUUAUUGGAUUUUUACAUAAUAUUAAAUUUUUAGCUGCUAAUACUUGUCAGUUAAUUAAUGAAUUUGAAAAAGGUAAACAUAAAGAUAAAAAAUUUAAUGAGUUAAAGGAACUUUGUAAACUGAUUAUAAGUCAUCCUUCAGGAGGUUAUGAUUUGGUGGAUUAA